UCUCAGAUACAGGGCCAGAGCCAUUUUUCCUUCCUUUCUUUUCUGAUGGCUCCCACCUGCUUUCUUCUGCUUGCUUCCUCUAAUAAACUUUAAAUUCUCUACUUAAACCAUGACUCGCUGCAUUUGUGUGAAUUCCUGAAUGACCUAACAGCUUUGCUGGCUGGAAAUAGGAUUUAUAAGCAAGUGCUACCACGAGGUUCCUUAUGACUUCACCUUCAAGUUCGUUGAUUGCAGAGCCAAUUUAUAAAUUUAAGUUCAUUUGCAAAGCCAAUAAGACACAUUCAGAAAGAAUACAUUUCCAAGCAAUUAGGCAUUGUUAAGUGGUAUUUUAAAUAGUAAUGGUGUUUUUCAAGAUGAUUUUCUUCUUCUGAAAGAAGUACGCAAUUUUUCUUUUCUUGGGCCUUCUUAUUGCAUCACAAUCAACCAGCCCUGAGUUGUUAUAGUGACUUUUCUUUUUUCCAUCCCAUGUAAAUUUACAUUUUAGAGCAUACCUUUCGUUUUAGUAACAACAGAAGAAAAAUCAACAAUAACUUUCUGUUCAAUCUGGGAUUCAUUUGGGAAGGGUUAAAGAAAUUUCAAGGAUUACUGAUCCGAAAUGUCAGUGUUCCCCAUAAAAUAAAAUCUAAGUGGCAGCACUGUUUUACAUAAAAAAUUAAAUAAACCAAUCAGCCGGACUGUAUGCAUAUUUUCCUCUUUAGGCGCAACUCAAAGUCAACACCUUCCAACUCCUUGGUGCUUAACCGGGAGAAGGUGAAAACUUUAAUAUGUGCCCCAGGACGUUCCUGUUUAGCGUGACUCUGAAGUUAACAUAACAUUCUCCACUACAAAUGAGGCAACACAAAUAGCAUCUAUUCCAGUCAAAACAAUUUUUAAGAGUGUGCCUAGAGAAUGCUAGAAAAAAAAUUAGCUGAUUCUAGUCAAAGUAGUUGUUCACUCAGUUAGAUAAAAGAAAAAUAUUAAGCCAAUGCUCUAGUAAUCGAUAGGUAUUUAAGCUGAAGGAAACAAACUCGGGAGUCAAAUUUUGACUAGUGCUUCUGAGAAAGCCACAUGCACUUGCUAAUUCCCUGGUUGUGGAUUCCUGGAUCAUCAGACCAUUAUACGCAUUCUGACUCUCACUCUACAUACCUGGGGCAGGAACCCAGUGCAAUUACGUCGUCUUGAAGAUGUUAUUUUAGGUAAGGUGUGGCUCUGGUCAAUGAGGGUGGCUUUUAAUCUGGAUUAUUGGAGGCCUUUAUACCCAAUAGAAAUUCAGACGUCCUCAGAGAGAAAGUCACCAGGCGGCGUUGGUGGGGGUGGGGGAGUGGGCAUAAGUGGGAAGUGGAUGGAACCAGAAGCGGGUGGAACCGGAAGUGGGUGGAACCGGAAGCGGAAGGAGAAGCCAUCCCCAUGGCAGUUGAGCCAGAGUUAGAAGCCACAGAACCCGGCAGCCCAGAUCAGAAUGCUGCAGACUCUGGGGAGGAAUCGUGGAGCUGCUGACUCCUCCAGACUGGAUUUCUCAGCUUCUGAACCGUCCUCUGAGCACGCUGCGCCUGUGAUCUUGCCCCUCGGUAGCACCCACCGUCAAAUGAUGUUCUUUGCUGUUGCCACCGUGGGCUGGCUCCUGUGCGCCACCUCCAUGGGCAAAGCGGAGUGGCAAGUGUGGCACGUUGACAACCCGCUCUUCCCCUCCUGCCUGGCCCGCAUGGGCGUGUGGCGAGUCUGCAUCUACCGCCACGACAUCAGAUUCCCGUUUUGUUACCUUUACACCUUCCACGAAUCCUUCCUCCCUCUUGACAUCCGUGUGGCUCAAAAGCUCCUGCUGGUCGCCAGCCUUCUAGGGCUCCUGGGGAGAGUCUCCUUCAUCUUUGCCCUUAGGAACGCUCACAUGGGAAUUCUUCAGAGGAACGCCAUCCACGUCCCAUUCAUGGCCUCGGGGAUUCUGUACUUAGCCGCUGGCAUCUGCACCUCAGCCACCGUGGUGUGGAAUUACUUGUCGGUGAUGAAGGAAGAGGGAAUCUCCUUUCCACCUUCUUUUGACUUGCCCUUCAAGCCAGACACUCAGGAAGUUGGGAGUGCCAGUGCCAUGGCAUUGCUGGGCACCUUCCUGCUGCUGCUGAGCGGGUUUUCUUUCCUCCUGUACUGAUUUCCCCACAACAGCCAAGUGCAUCCCAGGGUCUCAGAGCAGUGAACUUCCUGGUUGCGUUGGCUUUGCCAAUUCUUGGUUACCAGGAGAAGGUCACCCUGGUGAUCCAGUUAUUUUCAGGUUCUCAAGACUGUUGUGGAGGGCGUUUGAGCAGAAAGUUGCCAACUGUUGCCUUCUGUUACCUUCUGCGUCUGAACCGGGUUCCUUAUUUGGUUGGUUGAAUUAAAGCACUUUCGUUAAAAAAAAAAAAACAACGAAUGACUCAGUUUUAUUAUGUCUUUUAUAUUUUUUUGUUACCUAAAUUUACUCAUUUAAUCAAUAGAUACUAGAUUCCUGUGGGAAUACAGCAAUAGAAGGAAGAUAAGUUCCCAGCUUGCAUUCAAGUGGGGAAAAAUAGAAAAUAAACAAGUAAACAAAGAAUAAAUAUGAUUAUUUCACUUUGUCAUACCAAAGAGAGAUGGCCUGCUUUAGGUAAGUAGCUCAGGAAGGGUUUCUCUGAGUAGGUGACAUUUGAGCUGAGACCUAAACAUGAGAAAGAAUUGGCCUUUACUGACUACCUUAAAACCUUCUUAAAAAAUUUAAUAUUUUGAAUACAAAAGGCUACAUUGUUUAUAAAACUAAUUCCUGUGCUUAAAAUCAUUGACGGUUUCUAGUGCUUGAAAUUCCUCAUUUACCACUUUUUUGCUACCAAGUGUAUACUAGCAAAAAUGAUAUCACUGAUAAAAGAUUUUAGAUAAAAAUUUGAUGAUGCUUAUUUUAAAAAUUAACACAGCAAAACAACAGUAACCAAAUCAACCAUAAAGCAAGUACAAACCACCCAUGGCAUUUCUGUUGCUAUGAUUCAUGAUGUUAUUCAUCUAUUUUCUCUCUUGUCUAAAACAGUAGUCUAAUAUAAUGUCUGUAAUUCAUAUCUAUUGAUUAUUUAGAAGGAAACUUCAGAGAAAAUGAACCUGGGUAAAAUUACAAAUGCUUUUAAAUAGAAGUCAUCAGAAUGUGUUUGAGUCCAUUCUUAUACUGAAUUAUAUUGAAUCAUAAGCAGUCCCUUUUCAUGUAUUUCCUGCUAGUUCAUGUCCAGAUCCAGAUAUGUUUUUAUUUGCUAUUCUGUGACUUCCUUUUUUUUUUUUUUUUUAAACACCUAACAUUAACUCAACAUUUUCCAUACUCUUUCAGAAUCUUUGGAAUUCCCAC